AUGCCUUUAGAUUUGCUUAGGAAUCGAUCUCAUUAUGUGGUGUUUAUUGCUUGCUUAAUCCAAGCAGUGUAUAGUGAUUUAUCCGAUCCAGUCAUACAGGAACUUUCUGAUAAUUCCAAUUGUUCUCUAACUGUGAAGGAUAAUGCAUCUGAACAUGCCCUAUUUCGAGAAAUUAUCCAAUCAGAAAGAACUCGAGUAGUUUUUUUUUAUUUGACUAUAAAUAAUCAGACUGUAGAGCAACGUACUAUAAGCGAACGUUACUAUGACCAUGAUUUUUAUAGUCUGGUUAGAAAAGAUCUUGGCAUGGCUAUGAUUUCUUUGCCGACCGAUUACAUUGCUAUAAGCUUAAACCUAUAUUCAAUUUUCACGUCUGAACAAAGCUUAGAUCUUAUUGAAUCAACCCGAGGUUGUUAUGAUGAACUAAAUGAUACCCAAAGACAGCACAUCGUAUUUACAACAUUACUACAAUUUACAAACUUAAAUCAAGGUUGUUAUGGUCAAGAUUGUUCUACAAUAUGUUUGCGAUCCUUCAAUAGAUUAGAUGGAUUUUUUUAUCGGAAUGUUAAGUAUUCUUGCUGUAACAGAAGAACAAUUAAUCCCAAAAUUAACAUUAGCACAUGCCUAACACCUAAAAAGCAACUGUGGUACGUUCAUGCUAUGCGAAUAAUUUCCAUGAUGAUUAGCUACUCUAUGGCCGCUGUAGUAUUGGAUAAACUUAUUAAUAAGUUCUUGAAAGAAUUAUGCAGUUAUCGAUAUUUCCAACAAGAAUCUCACUUGACCUCAGAUGAGAGUCAAAAUUAUCGAUUAAACCAGUCAACUAAUAAUUCGUGUCAGGAAUUAGAUCAAGAAGAAAUUCAUCAAUCAUUGCUUAGAUCAUUUCAUCAAAUUAGUGGAACGCAUGGCAGAUUCAGCAAUCGUAUAUUAUCAAAUUCAGUAAAUCUUCCGAAAAUGGUUAAGAUUCGCAUUUUAGAUACGUUACAGUCGCAAAAUGUUAACUAUCUCUAUUUUUACGACUAUGCUAUCAAUUAUCAUUGGCGAAAAAUAUGUUACUCUAUUAAGCUAUUAUCACUAGUUAUCCUGUCCGGUGGAUUGGGAUUUAUUUCUCUUCUUGUACAACGAAAUUCAACAUAUUUUAUUUUUACGCCCAAAUUUAAUAAAAGCGAGAUAAUUCACAACAUACCUGAAAUAAGUUAUAUAGUAGUUUGCGCCUAUGGGCCAUACACAGUCUUCUUUAUUGUAUGCCUUUUGAAACAAAUAUGUUCGAGAGAUUCAAAAGAAUUGUAUAACCAAAAUGGUACCAAUGAUCAAGAGCUACUAUCUAGAAAAAUAUACUUAACACCAAGUCAUGAGCGACAGUCCUAUCACCAAAUUAAAAUCAUUCUUGUCGAUAUGAAAGACCAUUUACUAUCUCUACAACUACUUCUAUUUAUCAAAGAUCUCUUGACACUUACAGCUUGUUUGCCAUUUUGUAUACUUGGACUCAUUGGGCUUUUACGGGCUUUAUUUUUUAUUUUUGAAAUAUCAACAUUGAAAUGUAAACGAAAUUUACUGCCCAACAGAAGGAAUUGGCCUUUAACAUAUUUCCUUAUGUCAGUAAUAAUGACAUUAUACUCUAUGAUACUUGUCCUUACUGCUGCAACAAUAUUAUUGUUCGGUAUACAAUUAAUUCUUAGAAUCUUCAUUACUGUCAUAACGUUUAUUUUUGUGUUUUCUGCCUAUUUUAAUCAAAUUAUUAUUAUUAUGAUACCAUACUUGCAUUUUAUCUAUCAAUUAUUACGUGCAUAUUUUAUUCGAGGUCCUCUAAUAUCUCAAAGAAUUAUUGAUGUAAAAUCUAGGAUAGAAGAAAAUAUCCAAACAAUCUUGGAUAGUAAGCAAGGUGUUUUGCGAGUCAAUUUCAUAAUUACUCAAGUUGCCAAUGUUAGUAAUGUAGAAAUUGAUAUCCCAGAAAUUUUAAAUGAAGAAAUUAUCAAAGAUUGUAUCAAGGUUUGUAUCAGAAGAAGUGUUAGAGAUAGCCAUCAUCAUGCAGUUAAUGGAACUUCGAGCAUUAUUUUUCAAUACUCCCAAAAUAUGUCGGACAAUAAUAAAGUUACAGUCAAAUUAUUGCAAUGCGGCUUUGGUUGUGUAAAAUGCUCUUUCGACAACGGAUAUAGUACACUCGCAGAGAUAAUAGAAACUCAGUUACAAAACAGAGAUUCUUAUUACUUUCGUAGUAAAUUAACUCAAGUCUACUACGAUAUAUAUGAAGAUGGAGCUCAUAAAAGCGUUGGCAUUCCUGCAGAAUUAUACGAUUAUCUGAAACAUUAUACGCCUGAGAUAUCAAUUAGUCAAUUACAAGUAGCAUUUAACAUUUUAAUCGUAACAGCUCUAUUCUUCUUUUAUACUGUUACGAUCUUUCUCGUUUAUAAACUUCGUUCAAUUUCAUCGUUAAAUUCGAUUGUUGCUAAUACUUCGAUUGCCUAUUUAGCUACAUUUCUAUCUUUAAAAUAUUCCAAGCUACUCGAGAUCGAGAAAGAAAGAAUCGACAAGAUCUUAAUUCUUAACAUUACUCAAUAUCGACGAGGUUAUAAAACAUUUUUCAAACGAGGAAUCGAAUUUCAACCUAUUUCUCAAGCAAUAAGCAUUGCUAUAGGAUAA